AAGAAGCCGCGUUCCCGAAGAAGCCGCGUUCCCGAAGAAGCCGUCGCCGUCGUCGGUAUCCCACGAGCUCCCCUCAUCAAAUCAUGUCCGAUUGAGCUCACCGCAGAGCUGGCUUAACUUUCCAUCUUUUACGCAGAAGUGGUGGGGGGUCGGGAUCACACCAGGGGGUUCAUCGCUCACAGAGGACCGGAGCCGACGGAUACGAUGGGAUGUCGGCCGUCAGCGAGCUGCUUCGCCUGCAAGGCGCGCAAAGUCAAAUGCGAUCUUCAGAAACCUUCGUGUAACCGCUGUACGAGUCUCGGGAGGGCGUGUCCGGGGUAUGCGGAUCCGUGGGCCGUUGUACACCGUCAGCAAAAUGCGUCGGCAGCUCAUCAAGUGCAAGUCCGCGUCGCCAAACGACUCAAAGAAAGAGGCACAUUUGGCUCAAAGUCGUCAAUCCUGGAGGCAGAUGAGGAGGGAACCUCACCAGACUCAGUUGAGGAAGAGGAGAUUCGGAGGAGGCCGGCGGCCGUGCCGAAGGCCUUUCGUAUCGAUUCCGAGCUCGUCUCCUUGAACCACUUUUACUCCAACUAUGCCUCCGGAGGUGAGGUCGCUUUGUUUGACCUCUUCCCCGGCAUCAAAUCGUCGGAUGCCUCAUCGCCUGUCUUGCAAGGGGCUCUCAAAGCUACGGCACUAGCCAGCUCCUCUCUGCAGAUGUGCCAGGCAGGCUUGAUGGUUCAAGCGCGGCAACACUAUGGCAAAGCGAUCAGCAAGAUUGGCGGCGCACUGAAGGAUAACUCGACAGCGCAAGACGACUCAGUUGUAGUCGCAUUACUCACCCUCGGCCUCUUUGAGGCAAUAGCACCAGACACAUCACCAAGAAAGAUAACAUCACAUUGUCGAGGUUCUCUCGCACUUCUCAGGUAUCGGGCCGAACAGGGCGUCGCUACUUCGCUUGACAAGGGCCUACUCGCAUUUGUCGUUCACCUAGGGAUGCUGGAAAUAUUCAUCGGCCAAGAAGGCCGAUCACCAGUCUUGGUGGGCUUGAAACAAGCAGCGUGGGCGAAAGGCGGCAUGGUAGAACCGCUGCUCGUUCGAGCCAUUGACUACAAAAACAUGGUCCAGCACGUGUUAUCAUCGCCAGACAUCGGACGGGCAUCCGUCGGCCAUGUAACAGAAGUCUUUCAGACGGGUAUCGACAUCAUACGCGAUCUCGAAGCGGCUGCGAACUACAGAAUCUUAUCGCCCGGACCGCGAAACAAACCCGGGCCAGAUGGCGCCGUUGACGAGAAUCUCAACUCGUUCAACCAUUUACUGGGCCGCAAGUCGGACGCGAGCGAUGCGAUAGCAAAGGGACUCUACCUCACGAUCCGGCUCCAUCUCAUCGAGUACAUUCUAAGCUUAUCCAUUGCUCUCGGAGAACCCACGCGCGAGGAAUUGAAAACGCUUGUCAACCUCCCUCAUGGACUGACGGCGAUGGAGCAAGUUUGCGAGCAGAUCCGUAUUGUAUUCGGAUUCGACGGCAGAGACUCUGCCUGUACCGUACAAGGUGUUGGUUUCAAUGCCUGGUGUAUGUUCUGGCCCAUGAUAGCGGUGCUCAAAUCUGCCUUUGCGGAUAAAGAUACGAAGAUGUGGAUCAUGGACAAGUGCAUGGCGGUUAGCCAGGCGUCAGGCUUUGGUAUGGCGAUGUAUCAACAGGGUUGGUUCGAAACAGAUGGCGCCAAGGAUGAGAUGGUCAUCACGGAGUAGAAUUUGGACACAUGACUCCUGCCGGACUGGCAUUGGAGUCGGGGUACCUCGCGUUGAGGCCGUCGGCGAGCCGCGAACCUAUAUUUGAUGAUCCCAAUAUCAACACUUGCGUAGGUCUGAAUGACACAGGUAAAAGCAAGUAAAUAAAAAAGCACACGACGAUAUUCCACUACG